UUGCGUGGACAAUGUUCACCGCGUCCAACUUGCAUUGAGCGUCCAGCCGGGUGCACGACGAGGAGCAAUAUCACGCAAUGACACGCCGCUUGCGCCACUUUGCGGGAUUAUAAAAGGAUUUGCGUGGUUCUUCUUUUUGGGAGGGGAGGUUUUUUUUUCUUUUUCCUAUCGCCGUUGCCAUGUCGACGCUGAGCUACUACGCGGACGUCCCCGAGCUGCAGGAGGAUGUGCCGGCGAGGUUCCCAUCAACCGCAGGGGUGGAGCAGGCGAUGCUCGCCGAAUAUGGCGGACAGGAAGCGUGCCCUUUGCAGAAAUCGUCUAUUUUCGGCGCGUCUUGGGCUCCCAUCGCGGCGCACCCGCCCAACACCGCCGCCCCGACUUACAUCCAUCACCACUACACCGGCAGCGGAGACGGCGAUGGCAUGUUCGCGCGCUCCUGGGCCCUGGAGCCCGUGUCCGCACCCUUGUGCCUGACCGGACUACCGACGACGGCCGCCAUGCAUUACGAGAUCAAACCCGAGCCCCUCAUUGGAAGCGGAGAGUGCACAACUUUGGAGACGCACACACCUCUUUUGUCUGACGCGGAGGGCGCCGCGGCCCUGGCGGAGGUCCCCUGCGAGAGCACGUCCACGUCCAAGCCGACCGUGGAAAGCCCCUCGGCCGCGGACAGGAGGGAGAUGGACGCCGACAACCCGUCGUCCAACUGGCUCCACGCGAAGCCCACCAGAAAGAAGCGCUGCCCCUACACAAAGCACCAAAUCCUGGAACUGGAGAAGGAAUUUCUGUACAACAUGUACCUUCCUCGGGACCGCAGAUACGAAGUGGCCAGACUGCUUAAUUUGACCGAGAGACAAGUGAAAAUCUGGUUCCAGAACCGCAGGAUGAAGAUGAAGAAAGACAACAAAGACCGGCGGAGAGACAGCCCCGGUUCCAGAUGAAGAAAAACAACAGCAAAGCAUGAUGCUGCCCCUUGAAUACGUCAGUGAAGGUAUGAUUUUUUUUUUUUUUUUGGUAGUGAGCAGUGUACUUUUUGAAAUUAUGUCCAAGAAGUUCAAACUUGUUGUCAUCAGACAACAAAAAAUGGGUCAAUGUGUUAUGAUUUGAUCUCUGGCCAACAUGAAAGCCAAUUAGAAGUAUUGUGUUAUUUUCAUGAGUUUCGUAAAACACACUUAAUUUUU